AUGUCAACCUUCUGGCGCCAUACGUUAAUCUCACUGCUCACUGCAGCACUUGCUGUUCGCACUUCAGCGACGAGCAGCAAGUCCGCGUGUGCGCAGCUGGCGGCCAGCUUCCCAGAAUACACCACUGUCUCUGGCUCAGCGUCGUACACCACAAAAAUCGACAGCGUUUGGUCCCAGACCUGCGUGGAAGACGCGUACUGUGUGUUCGAGCCUGAAUCUUCCAAGGAUGUCUCAACCGCGAUUGGCAUCUUGCGCAAGACGAAGACCAAGUUCGCAGUGCGCAGUGGCGGCCACAUGCCCAACCCCGGGGCCAACUCGAUCUCACAUGGCGUUCUUAUCUCUCUUUCGCGAUUGAACACUCUCGAGCUCACGGCCAACCACGAGGUUGUUCACAUUGGCCCGGGGCUUCGAUGGUACGAUGUCUACACUUGGCUGGCCGACUACAAGCUGACCACGGCCGGAGGCCGAUUCGGCCCAGUGGGCGUCGGCGGCUUGCUGCUCGGAGGAGGCAUCAACUACUACGGAUCGAAAGUUGGCUGGUCCGCUAACAAUGUGGUUAAUUUUGAGGUGGUCCUCGCCGACGGCUCCAUUGUCCAGGCCAAUGCCAGCUCCAACACAGACCUUUACUGGGCGCUGAAAGGAGGCUCGCAGAACUUUGGCAUCGUCACGCGGUAUGAUAUGAAGACUUUCGCCAUCCAAAAUGUCUGGGGUGGAACUCUGGCCUAUCCAGCCACUUCGCUCGAUGCCUACAUCCAUGCUGUGGCAAACUUCUCCUCCCCCGAUGGAGGAUCUGCUGAUCCCCUCGCUGCGGCCGAUCCUUUGCUCCUGAUGUAUCCCAAUACCAGCCAGAUUCAGCCCGCUGCUGUCCUGCUCUACAAUGCUGCUAUUGAGAACCCCGCCGCACUCAAGGCCUUCAUCGACAUCCCCGCCGUGAGCGACUCCGCCGCCGUACGCACAUUCACGAAUUUCGCCGUAGAGCAAAACUCUUCCUCCUACUGGGACAGAAGCAGCCGGCGUUCUUUCUGGGCCACCGCCGUGAAAGCAACACCGGAGGCAGUCUAUCUCGCCAACACCACCUUCAUCCAGGCUGCCAUGGAGCAAGUGUCCGAUUUGUCGGAUUUACUCACUAGCAUUACUUACCAAACCAUUACUGAGGACUGGCUUGAUGCUGCGCGUGCUUCGGGAGGAGACGCCAUCGAUCUAGAUCCCGCCGAUGGAGCGUUCCUCGUUCUGUUGAUAUCCAACACGUGGACAAACGCCGACCACGACGACCGGAUCGUCAGCUUUUCCGAGAAUGUCAUUGCCGAAAUCGAGUCAAAGGCCAGGGCUGCUAACGUCUAUUACCCCUUCGUUAACCUCAACGAUGCCGGCCCGAGCCAAGCCCCGUUCAAGACAUAUGGAAAGGGCCAAUCGCUUAGAAAAUUGAAGACCAUUCGGAAGAAAUACGAUCCUUCGGGGGUUUUCCAAACUCUGUCGCCCGGGGGGUUCAAGCUGGGGGCGUAA